AAAAAACAAACAAAAUAAAACAGAAAAAACAAAAACAGUAAAAAGACAAGAAAAACAUACAAAAAUGCAUAUAAAACGCUUGAUGUGCACAUCGUCAUCACCUCUAAUGCUGCUGUUGACCGUAAUCACCUUUUCCUCACUCUACAACAACAUUGCGUGCAUUGAGAUUCCAACACGUUUCAUACACAAACGCAACGUUGAUGGGGAUAACUCAGCGGAGAAUGCAAAUGAAACGAGUGAAGAGGCGCGGGGAGAUGGCGGAAGUGUAAAUGAUGUGAAUCUUAUUAACUUCUACAAAGAGAUGGACAAUGUAACAGAUAUAUCAGAAUUCAUAGAACGCUUCGUAGACAAGGAUACAAUAGACCCCAAGCUGGGCUUACAAGACACCUUCAGACGCAGUGUUGAGCGUGCCAAUGUGCAAAGAGCUGUGCCAGCCGCGUGCAUGCCAGAGAACACCGUGGUGCCUCUAACACCACUCAAUCCCUCACUUGAUCCCAAUGUUGUCUACUUUCCGAAAUGUACGCGUGUGAAACGCUGUGGCGGCUGUUGCGGCUCACAAUUGAUGUCGUGUCAGCCCACCGAGACGGAGACAAUAAACUUUGAGGUCACCAAAUACAAAUUGGGUGAGAGGGCAUUUGGCGGCAGAGAGAUCGUCGUGGUGGAGCAACACACAAAAUGCAAAUGUGACUGUCGCAUUAAGGCGAAGGUAGGUAGACGGGAUUGCAAUUCCUAUCAAAUAUAUCGUCCUGAGAAGUGCAAUUGCGAAUGCACCAACGAGGAUGCGUUACAGAAAUGUUUAUCGCAAGAGCACAAAUAUUGGGAUGAAGCAGCGUGCCGAUGUGUUUGUCGCGACAGUCAAUCAUGUACGACAGGCACAGUAUUUGACGAGAGCCAAUGUUCUUGUGUUGAUAUCACUGACGAUGGCAGCACCAACACUAAAAGUUCCAAAAAUUCUAACUCCUCGCCAUCGCUGCUCGAUCGUCGACGUUUCAUAGUCAAGGCCAUACCUGUUGAGGUGAAACCGGAUGACAGUACACGUUACUCUCUCUGAGCGGCGAAUAAAAAUGCGCUAAUACAUACAGGAGCCGAAUGGCAGAGCGCCGGAGUUAAAUGAAUUUAAUGCAUGUUUUAGUGUAGAAAAUUAAAUAUAUUUAAUAUGAAUUUCAGUAUUUGUUAAUUGAAAAUUUUUAAUAUUUACUUAAUUAUGCAUAUAUACAUAUAUAUGUAUAUAUAUAUAUGUAUGUGUGUUUAUUGUAUGCAUAUUUAUACCACCUACUUACAUUUGUUAUGUGUAGCCAUAAAUUAUAUUAUGUAUUUUUAUUGACAUAUUUUGCACCGUCACAAAAAGUAAUUUACUCCUCCUUCUCUUGGGGUUGGGGGAGGGGGAAAAUGCAUCACAAAAUUUAUAAAAAAAAAAAAUAAUGCAAUAAAAAUUAAAAUGUACGAAGAGAAAUGUAUUAAAGAUUUA